AACUGUCUUUAAUAAGAAGCACUGAUUAGAUCUCACAGCACUGAGAGAAACGCAGGUGAAGACUCAAUACCAACAAGAUUAAAACUGAAAGUAAAGUAAUUCUUUGGAGAUUUUUGACAAGAUGAGAAAAUUCCUCUUGCUGGUUCUCACCAUAACAGCUUCUGUAGCUUUUGCCAAUCCACCAGUUCAGGAUGAGAAGCCUCCUGAUCCAGUGGUGAAGGUGCCAGUGGCUGAAAACGAACCGAAGGUAGAGCACACAGAAGCACAAGCAGGUGCUCUGGUGCAGGAGGAGGAAGCUGUUGCAAAUUCAAGUCUGGUGGAGCCUGAUUCAGUGCUGCUGGAGCCAGAAACAACAGAGGAACAAAGAGUACCAGAAGAGACACAAGUGAUGUUGGAGAAAGCUGUGCUAGAGGCAGAUUACCUGACUGAAGAGAUGCCAGAGACAGAACUAGAGCUUGAGCUGGAAAUUACUGCCAUUCAGACAGACAGAAACAUCGUACCAGUGGAGGAAGCUGUAGAAGAGUUAGAGUCUGAAACUAAUACAGAAGUGGAAGAUGAAAAAGAAGAAAAUGUAGUAGAGGAGGAGCCUACACUUGAGGCUGACUAUAUAACAGCUGAAGAUCCAGAAAUACAAAUGGACCCUGAGAGGGAAAGACGAAGGACACAGAUUGGGUGGUGGACUUGUGGAGGAGUUGUCCUACAGGGCAAAUGUUACCAGUUCUUCAGAAAAAACCUCAAUGCCUAUCAAGCUGAGUUCCACUGUCAGUCCAUCUGCAAUAAUGGCCACCUGGCCUCUGUGACAAGCAGCUACAUUCUUGGUGAAAUAGGGAGGCUAAUGGAUCGGAAUGGCGGCCGCACCCGCACAUGGCUUGGAGGAUGGAGAAUCUUUAAUACACGUAAUUUCAUAUGGUUGGAUGGAAUGCCAUGGAGCUAUAAUGGCUGGGCUAAAGGAGAGCCCAAUAAUGCUGGUGGGCAGGAGAACUGUGUAGAGACGUGGUAUAAUCUGGCGUUCAAUGAUGUACCAUGCACAAUACCCAGUCCGUUCAUCUGUUCCUGUCCACUUUAGACAGCCAGAAGGUUAUUGGACCCCAGUUGCAGCUUCCAAGAUCCCAGAGGCCACAGUAUAUCUGCCAGAGCCGUGCCCAGGCUGUGAGUAAAGGGAUAUGCCUUCAUGUACAUCGUAAGAUAUUAAAAAACUGACUCCUGGUGAAGUCAACAUGUGCACAUACAUAAAUACCUACAGCCAUCUUUUCCCCACCCAUUCUUAGUCUAAAUCUCUGUCUGUUUUCCACAAACUCAAAAACACGGGAACCAGUAAGAGGGAUCAGUGUGGAAUUAAGUAGCUUUGACACUGUAUGCAACUCUCUCUCUCUCAUAACUAACUGCACAUUUAGCUCAGUUCUUCCAUGGGAGGAGUAGAGAGAUGCUCCUUUAUAAAAGUCAGUUUGCCCUGAGGAUGUCAACUUUAAAGUCGCAGGUCUGUUUCUGUGUUUCUAUAUGUUUGUGAGAGUGUGUGAUUUCCUUUUUAUUGUUUUGUUACUGAAACUAGUUUAAAUUCAAAUUAAUUUUGCAUGGAAUUUUGCUUGCUUUUAUGUGCUACCUAAAUUCAAUAACUACUGGGGGAAAUGCAUGUAAGAAGAUGUUGCUAGAAAAUGGUUUUAUUGAGAAUUCAAAAUUAAAUCUUCCAAUAUGAUAGCUGUACUGAAUGUGAAGACAUCUGGGCUUGUUUCCAUAAUGGAGAUCGAAGGAAGGCCAGGUCUAAAUGUGCAGAAAAAAGGAAUCGUGAAGCAGCCUGACCCUGUCAAACCACCACCAAACAACACAGAAG